AUGGCACCCCGUGGGUACAAUUAUGAUGCUGGAGAACGAGCAAUGGGAGUUGGUCUUCAUGAUGAUAACCGUGGUUGGAUGGAUUCCACUCAUUCUCAUCCAGAUUUUCUUGGACCAGUUUCUGGAUUUGGUCGGCAUCAAAUGGAGCGGUUGACUCCAAGAAGUCCAGGUAGAGAAUACCCUGGUAUUCCAUCUCGUGGAUUUGGAGGCCGCCCACAUGGCCAAUCAGGUCUUGAUGAUAUUGAUAGCAGGGAACCUCGUUCAUUUGGUGAGGGAUCCAGAUCUUUUAACCCACCUUCAGAUCCAGUCGGCAAUUCGUUUCAUGAAACUAGGUUUCCCACUUUGCCUGGCCGCAUGCGGAAAGGCGAGCUUGAUGGUUCGGGGAAUUUGCGAAUGGAUGAGCAUUUGGCAUUUGGUCCUCAGAACAAUUGGAGGGGUGGAGACUUAAUGGGCAGGAGAUUCCGCCUAGCCACUUGCGGAGGGGUGAGCUUUUGGGCCCUCGGAAUUUGCAGAGUCAUUCGCAUUUGGAGAGCCAACUGGCUUUGGGCUUUUUCUGGUCAUUCACGCAUGGGGGAAUUGGCUGGGCCUGGGAACUUCUCCCAUCAUCCACCUUUCAGUGAGUCAUUCGGAGGCAACCAGUCAAGUCAUCCACGUCUUGGUGAGCCUGGGUUUAGGAGCAGCUACUCCCUCCAGGGAUUUCCGAAUGAGGGUGGACUAUAUGCA